UUUGGAAAACAUACUUGGGGAAAAUUAAUGUGUUUAUAGAGCAUGCAACGAGAUGAAAAUUCGCAGUCCCGCGCUCGGAAAGGGAACAGGCCACCUGGUCUGCGCGGCAAGGAGAUAGGAAUGUACUACAAAAACUUGGCCAAAACACGUAAAAAGGAGCGCGGCGAUACAGAUGAUGAAAAGAUUCGACUGGGUUGUAGUGUGUCGGUGCCAACCGUCGUGCUGGAUCGAGCUCAGGAAUGUAUUGACAAAUUUAAAAAUGCGCCAGUAGAGGAGCGGUUGGAUGAGAACUUUGAUCGACAGUUUCAGCAUUUAUUAAGAGUGAACUUUAACGAGUUCCUAGCGGAAACCAAAGAGAAAUAUGACGUUGACCUGACAAAUACAAAAUUGGAUGAAAUGCUGCUAAAUCAAUUUCUAUCGCGUUUGGAAAAUGAACAGGUGCGUCAACGGUACGAGGCACGACUCAAAUUGCCAACAAUGCAAAAUGCCAGCGACAUUAUUGAUGCCGUAGAUGCCAAUCCUGUGGUGCUUAUUGUGGGCAGCACAGGCUGUGGCAAGACAACGCAAGUGCCUCAACUUCUGCUGGAUAACUGUAUUGCCAAAGGUCGAGGAUCCAGCUGUCGCAUUGUAUGCACGCAACCACGUCGUAUUUCGGCUAUAACUGUAGCCGAGCGCGUUAGUUAUGAACGUGCUGAAAAACUUGGCGUUUCCGUGGGCUAUCAGAUACGCCUGGAGAGCUGUAAGCCGCGUGAACGCGCUUCCAUCACAUACUGCACAACGGGAGUUUUGCUGCAACAAAUGCAAUCGGAUCCUUUGCUGCACAGCGUGAGCGUGCUCAUUCUAGACGAAAUUCACGAGCGAAGCGUUGAGACGGAUCUACUUAUGGGUCUAUUAAAGAAAAUACUGCCCCACCGACCGUGUCUAAAAGUCAUACUGAUGAGUGCGACGGUUCGGGAGCAGGAUUUCUGUAAUUAUUUUGACAACUGUCCAAUGCUUCGUAUCGAAGGUGUAAUGUAUCCCGUCGAAAUGCUUUAUUUGGAGGAUAUUCUCACACUGACGGGGCAUCGGUUUUCACAACAACGUGAGCGGCGACAGCGUCGGGAUCGCAUUGAACGCGAAAUGCAGCACAAGGCUAUGAUUGAGCCAUACAUACGUAGGGUGCGUGGCAAGUACGAUGAUCGGGUGCUGGAUCAACUGCGCUUUCCCGAAUCAGAGGGCUGUGGCGACAUUGAGUUUAUAGCACAACUUAUCUACUACAUUUGCGAAAUGAAACCGGAUGGAGCUAUUUUGGUCUUCAUGCCGGGGUACGAUAAAAUUUCCAAUUUGCACAGUACACUCGAUAAACCAAAAUCGCCGAAAGGCCAACGUUGGCGUAAUAAUCUGCUAAUAUUUCCACUUCACUCUAUGAUGCCGUCCGCCGAGCAGCAGGCAGUAUUCCGUCCUGCACCGCCCGGAAAAAGAAAAGUAAUCAUAUCAACCAUCAUAGCAGAAACUUCUGUCACAAUAGAGGACGUUGUCUACGUUAUCAACACGGGGCGCACUAAGAGCACUAACUACGACAUAGAAACCAAUAUACAAUCGCUGGAGGAAGAAUGGGUAACGCUGGCGAACACCCAACAGCGAAAAGGACGUGCUGGACGCGUACAGCCUGGCGUGUGUUUUAAUCUUUUUAGCAGGGCACGUGAAGCUUGCAUGUCCGAGGUGCCUACGCCUGAAAUAUUGCGCUCUAAACUGGAAUCGAUCAUUCUAAGCCUUAAAAUGCUACACAUAGAUGACCCGUACACAUUUCUGCAAACUUUGAUAAAUUCUCCCCAACCGGAAGCCAUCAGCCAUGGAGUGGCGUUGCUCAAACGCAUUGAGGCUUUGGAUAGCCAAUCGGGUCAGCUCACUCCGCUGGGCAUGCAUCUGGCCAAGCUGCCAAUCGAUCCGCAAAUGGGCAAAAUGAUUCUGAUGUCGGCCCUGUUUCGUUGCCUUGAUCCCAUCACAUCUGCUGCUGCGGGACUCUCCUAUAAGAGCCCCUUCUACACCCCGCUAGGUCAGGAGAGCAGAGUGGACCAGAUUAAGCGUAAAUUGUCACUCAACACACGCAGCGAUCAUCUAAUGAUCCAUAACACCAUUUGCGGAUUUCGACAAAGCAAAGAAGCCCAUCGCGAACGCAACUUUUGCUACGACAAUUUUCUCAGUUUUAUGACACUCCAGCAGCUGGAGCGGAUGAAGCAACAGUUUGCUGAGCUCCUUAAUAAUUACAAAUUUCUCACUUCAUCCAAUUGCAAGCAAGAUACCUCAAACGUAAAUUCAGAGAAAAUACCGCUUUUACGUGCUAUUAUUGGAGCUGGUCUCUAUCCCAACAUGGCCCAUUUGCGCAAAUGUCGACAGAUAAAAAAUCGGGUACGCGCCAUUCACAGCAUGGCAACGGACGAUGGACGCCGAGUCCAAUUCCAUCCUUCUUCGGUAAAUAAUGGCGAGUCAAGUUUUGAUUCAGACUAUUUCGUAUAUUUCCAACGUCGGCAAUCGGAAGCUCUCUACCUGCUCGAUGCCACUAUGGUCUUUCCCAUGGCGCUGCUCAUAUUCGGCGAUGGUGUCGAGGCUGGGGUAACGCAAAAUAAGCAUUACCUAUGCGUUGCCAAGACAUACUAUUUUAAAUGCACUCCCGAAACCGCCGCCGUGGUGCUCGAAUUGCGAAAACAUUUAGCUGGUUUGCUGCUUAGAAAGGCACUUUAUCCCGCGCCCAUAGAGCAGAACGGCCAUGAGGAGCAGCUGAUCAAAGCCAUAGAACUGUUACUUUCGCUGGAUGACAAGCUGGGCGAGGACUACAUAUCCUCAGACGAAAUUGACGACAUUUAAAUUCAAUUUUACAAUGCAUGCGUGUUUAUUUACUUGAUUUAAUCAAUGGCUGUUAGCAAAAAUACACAUUAUUAUUUAUACCUUGUAGAUUUUUACCAAAAAAAUAAAAAGGUGUAAGCAUUAUUAAAUUAAA